UCAUGUCAAAGGAACUACUGAAACCAGACCAGUUCCCCAAGGUACUUCAGAGAAACGACCCCCACCAGGUCACUGACAGAACGUUUUUCAUUGACGGGGCUAACCAGAGUUUGAACACCAUCCCGUCGGAGAUUCUAGCAUUAAAAGAAUUAGAAGAAGUGCAUCUGGAAAAUAACCGCAUUGCAGAAAUUCCUCAGGACAUUCAGCAUUUAAAGAACAUCAGGGUCCUCUACCUGCACAACAACAACCUGCAGAAUUUGUGCCCGGGGCUAGGGGCGCUGAGCAGCCUGGAGUCGCUAGACCUGAGCGGCAACCCGCUGCUCAGCUCCUCACUACGGGUACUCAGCUGCCUCCGCACCCUCCGGAAGCUGCGCCUCUACCGUACGGGCCUGAAAGAGCUUCCCGUGUUGAUCUGUAAAUGCCUUCACCACCUAGAGCUGUUGGGCCUGUCGGGGAACUAUCUGGAAUCGCUGCCCAGGGAAAUCGUGAACCAGACGGAGCUCAGGGAGAUCUACCUGAAACAGAACCAGUUCUCGGUUUUCCCUCGCGACCUCUGUGUCCUUACCAACUUGGAGGUGAUUGACCUGGACGAUAACAAGCUGAAGGGCAUCCCGGAAGAAAUCGGGCACCUGGAAAAGCUGCAGAAGUUCUACGUGGCGGCUAAUAACCUGCCCUUUCUACCCGAGAGUCUGAGCCAGUGCAGGAAGCUGUCGAUGCUGGAUUUGACCCACAACUCUCUCCACUCCCUCCCGUCCACCCUAGAGCAGCUCGAGGAGCUCACGGAGAUCGGCCUGAGCGGGAACCGACUGGAGAAGGUGCCGCGCCUCCUCUGCCGGUGGCUGUCGCUGAACCUGCUGUACAUGCGCAACACCGGCCUGCGCGGGCUGCGGCGCUCCUUCAAGCGCCUCGUCAACCUGCGCUUUCUGGAUCUCAGUCAGAACUACCUGGACCACUUUCCCACGCAGAUCUGCGCGCUCAAGAACCUGGAGAUCCUGGCGCUGGAUGAUAACAAAAUAGGCCAGUUACCAUCCACUAUAUGCGCACUUUCAAAACUGAAGAUACUUGGUCUCACGGGAAAUGACUUUUCGUCCUUCCCAGAGGAAAUCCUUUCCUUAGCAUCUCUGGAGAAAUUAUACAUUGGACAAGACCAGGGACACAAGCUUUCCAGUGUGCCAGAAAGCAUCAGGAAACUGCAGAAUCUUAAAGAACUAUACAUAGAAAACAACCAUCUGGAACAGCUGCCGGCUUCCUUGGGGUUAAUGCCGAACCUGGAAGUUCUUGACUGCCGCCACAAUCUUCUUAAGCAGCUCCCAGAAUCCAUUUGCCAUGCUCUAGAACUGCGAGAGCUGCUGCUAGAAGACAACUUACUCACCCACCUCCCACAGAACCUUGACCACCUGGCCAACUUGAAGGUCCUAACACUGACGAAGAAUCCCAUGGAAGAGCCUCCAGUGGAAGUGUGUGCCCAACGCAUUGAAGUCAUAUGGAAAUGGCUGAAGGAAAACAAAGCUAAGAAAAUAAUGGCCACAAAGAUUCAGGCGUGGUGGCGUGGAACCCUGGUGAGGAAAGGAUUUGGACGUUUCGAAGAGCUACUAAAAGCCCGGAAAAAAGGAAAAGGCUCUCCAAAAGAUAAGAAAGGGAAGAAGGCUGCAAAGGGGAAGCCUGAAAAGGGGAGGAAAAAAUAAUUAGGUAAAUGGAUGAAUGAAGAUAACGAUCUCUAACGAGCAGGAAGGUAACACG